AUGUUUGAGAAGAACCAGGAGUAUCCACUUGCCCCAGCCAAUGGACACCAUAGAAGCGAUGAAGAAGCUGCACCUCCAUCAUCUAAGGAGCUCAAAAGAAAGAAAAGGAUCAAAUGUGCUGUUUAUGUUGCAGUCCUGGCAGUGUUUCAGGCUGGUAUCAUUCUUCUGCUUGCUCUCACUGUACUGAAAAUUAGGACCCCAAAACUCAGGCUGGGAACCCUAACUAUUGAAAGUAUGCAAACUGAAACCUCAGGUUUACCUUCAUUUAACAUGAGGUUUAACGCCCAAGUUAAAGUGAAAAAUACCAACUUUGGUCACUAUAAAUUUGAUGCUGGUAAUGUCACGUUUUUGUACCAGGGUGUGACUAUAGGGCAAGCCAUGGUUCCGAAGGCUAGGGCCAAAGCUCGGUCCACCAAAAAAGUUGAUGUGGCAGUGGAAUUGAAUUCUGCUUCUUUGCCUAGUACUGAAAAUCUUGGGAGUGAAUUGGACUCUAACGUUUUGACAUUGAACAGUCAAGCCAAGUUGAGUGGCGAAGUGGAAUUGUUGAAGGUUAUCAAGAAGAACAAAUCUGCUCAAAUGAACUGCACCAUCACCUUUAAUGUCUCGACCAAGAUGCUUCAAAAUCUCAGUUGCAAGUGA